CAUAUAUUUUGACAGAGGGACUGGCAGCGGGAGAAGAAGAAGAAUGGAGCGGAUGUACCCAGUGUGAAGGAUGUCCACUAUAAUGUCACCGGUUUACUCUCGCUGCUACAUAUCCGCACAAUGAUAAACGCUGCUGCUGGAGCGGUAGCCCGCCGGAUGCCGUCGGUGGCCCGGCGGAGCAGCUGCUGGAUACAGUGGUGCCAGGCGGCUCUGCUUGGCGUGUCAGCGCUGGUUAUCAUCGCCGAACGGAGCGCUCUGAUCUACUGUAUAGGGUUUUACCUUUGGAACGAAGAGACGCAGUGGGCUGGCCUCACACUCGGCCUCUUCCUUCCAGGGACAGCAGUUCAGCUGCUUAGUGUCAAAUGGUACUAUGAUGAUGGUGAUGACAGGCGAUGUUACCUCUCUGUCAUACAUAUUCUACACUUGGGCAUCUUCAAAAGGUUGUGGGACUGCAUGAGGUGUGUGUUGCAUGUGCAGGGCUCAGUGGCUGAACUCGGAGUUGCUGUCAUGCAGCAGGCAGAUGUUGCUGCCCUUUGGCUGCUGGAGGCCCUUGUCCUUACAUUGCCUCAGAGUCUGUUGCAAGCAUAUGUUGUGGUGUCCACUGAUGUGGGCAUCAUGUCACCAGUGGCCUAUUGCUGCGGCUUAUGUGUGCUGUCUAUUUCCUGGGCCCUGGUGCUGUACAGCCGAGCCUGCUGUCUAAUAAGACCGGGCCACUUGGCUAUGCCCCCAGCAGCCCUGUUGUGCCAGCUGGUGUGGAGAGCAGGCAUGCUGGGUGCCAGGGUGACCUGCCUCAUGUUUUUUGCCAGAGUCUUCAACUGGUGGGUCUGUGGAGUAGCAGGUUUCCACUGGCUCACAGCCUCCUUCUGGCUGGUAUCACAGCAACCAGACAUCUGCACUGGCCCCUGGUGUUGGCGUACCUUUAAUGGCAUCCUGGGGCUUGUUCACGUCUUCCUCUUCCUCAACGUCAAGGAUGGACCUUCACGCUUUCGCAUGGCUAGUUUCUAUGCAUUCAUGCUAGUAGAGAAUGCCACUCUGCUGCUGGCCGCCUCUGACUUCCUGAGCGAAGCAUCAUGGGACAACAUGACCCUUCCCACCACAGUGUUGUGCAGCUUUCUCCUUGGGGCCACUUCUUUGGUCCUGUACUACCGUUUCCUUCAUCCCAAGUCUACAGAGAUCUCCCAGGGUACCAACAGCCACCACAUGGGCAGCACAUGCAUAGAACAAGGGGAGUCCUCCUUCUCUCUCGGGGACAAAAGUCUGCCAGCUGCUAUUCAAAACCAUGGCAGCUUCUCCCUCUCAGGUGUAGCUGGCUCUCUGCUGGAUCACCCAGGAAACUGUGGGGGCCAGCCAAACAGUUCCUGCCCUUGCUACCACCACCACUGGCUCUUGAUCCGUCUGGCACUAAAAACGGGAGAUCUUAGUAAAAUCAACAGAGCUUAUGGAGCCGGGGGAGCAGCAGCCAUACUAGACAUGGAAGAGUACAACCAAGAGUUUAAAAGUAAUGAGGGUAUCACUAUUACAGCUGGAGGCAGUUGUGAGGGUGUCUCCACCUCUGAGUCCCAGGGGAAGGGCCUGGCACCCCUUUCAGACUGCAAAGAUGAGUUCCAGAGUGUAAGUGAACCCACAUCGACUGAACAACCUGAAGAAGAAGAAGAUGACAGUCUGGAGAUGGAGAGCCCGAUGGAGUCACCCACAUCAGAUUUCAAACGCAGUUCACCAGAGGGCAAAUCUGUGUUUGGGGACAGUCCAGAGCCAUAUUUCUGCCCUACAGAAUCAAGUUCAACCUUAUACUUCAGUGCAGAUCCCCAGUCUCCCAGCAGCGCCAGUAACCCACGUUUGGACCGGGAUACUGGGGGCCUGGAACAUGGUGUACGUUUAAACUCCAUCCCGAGUGAUCCAGCCCUUCACAGAGACGUGCGGGGACUCAUGGGUCGCGUCGGACCAAGAUACAUUUCCACUCCUAAAUUGGACUCUGGAGUGUUGGACUCCCCCUCCAGUGUCCUUUAUCUUACAGGUCCAAGGAGGCAGCUCAUAAUGUCCCGCAGAGAUGAAGACGAUAACUUCUAGCUAUCUCGUGACAAAAUCAGGGAACACGUUACCCGCAGCUUAUCCAACAUUAAUGUAACACACCAGCUUUAUCAUCUACUUGCUGUUGUGUGAAUAAACACAGGCAGUAGUUUCACCUCUUUAUGCCAAUAUUUAUUUAGUCAACAAAGUAAAUGCAAAUACUAAGACAUCUACCCUUCUCAAACCAUAAACAAUUUUCUAAAUGUGUUGCUUAUCCCAGAUGGCAGACGCACAGAUGUGAAACCCUCAGUCGUGUUGCCACUGGACAUUAAUUUCUUAUUGGCCACAGGGCAAGUUUAUGGAUCUCAGACUGUAGGUCUCUUUCAGCUAUGCUGAUGCAGCUGGUCAUUUGUGUUACUUUCUUUGCAAUUAUACAACAAUACCUAACUUACUAACUUACUCCUAAAUUUAACAGUGACUGAAGUCUCUGACCUCUGAAUUUUAAAUAUCUCUGCAUAAGCCAGAGCUUUCUGGCUUCUUAAAAGCACAAGUAUCUUCUGUAUCAUAUGUCUAUUGAUGUGAUGCUGUGAUAUUUAUUAUUUAUUUAUUUAUUUUUAUCUAAUUUAUAAUAUGAAAAAAAAAACAUAUCUGCUCCAUUCUCAUAUAUAUAGCUGUAUUUUUUGUAUGAUGUGAACUGAUAUUGCUUUGAGCAGGGCUAGUGUAUAAUCUUGGGAAAACUGUUUGAUGUUUUAAUUUUAUUUACAUGUUGACCAUGUAAUUGCUGAAGUCAUUUUGUAAUUACUAUUACACUGGAAAAGAAAAACUGUCUCAGGCACUGACUUAAAAAAGCUUUCAAAUGUCUACUGGGAAACAAAAUGAAAAUAUCCUCUUGAGAUAUUUGUGGUGGCUUUUUUUCUGUACUCUUGAUUCUUUAUUGCUUUUUCCAAGGGACAGACUUUUGCUCAUUACUGUUCUGAAACAGGGAUGAAAGUACUAACAAAGCAGUAACAUAAUGCCAGGUAUUAUUUUGCAACCAGGUGACUACUGUAUACAUUUUAAACUGUGAAGUGCAAGGCCACUGGUGGCUUUAAGUAAGCAAUAAACAUCCUAAGUGUUGGGGUGAUC